AUGGUCGUCUACUUCACGUCGGCCGAGGGCCACACCAUUUACAUGGGCAAAGAUAAGUUUGAGAACGAAGACCUCGUCCGCUAUGGUUUUCUCGAAGACAUUUGGUUCCACGUCGAUGACUUGUCGUCCGCACACGUAUACCUUCGCCUUCCACUGGGACAAUCGACAUUGGACGAAGUAUCAGCGACGUGCUUGGAGGAAUGUGCUCAGCUGGUCAAAGACAACUCGAUUGAAGGAAGGAAGAAGACAAGCGUCAGCGUCUGCUACACAAAAUGGAGAAACCUGAAAAAGACAACAUCCAUGGAGAUUGGCCAGGUGGGCUUCAAGUAUCCCGAGCGAGUCCGACAUUACAAGGUCGCCGAGAAAAACACGGAUAUCGUCAAGCGGCUCAACAAGACGAAGCAAGAGUUGUAUCCUGAUCUGGAAAAGGAGCAUCAACAGCGUGAAGUGCUGUAUAAAGCGGAGCGCAAGAAGCAGCGCUUGCGUUUGGAGGCGGCAACUCGUAAGGAAAAGCAGGAUUACAAGGCGCAGAAGGAGCCGCGUAGCUACUCGAGCCUGAUGUCCCGCGACAAUGUUGACUCGAACAACAAACUUGAAGCCGCAGCGGACCUCAGCAGCGUCAACGCCUAUGAAGAGGACUUUAUGUGA